AUGAAGGCCACACUGUUGCUCGCGUCUCUCGCUAUCGCCACCGUCGCCUCGGCUGCUGGUCAGACCUACCUCGAGGAGACCUUCUCCGAUAACUCCUGGGAGGAUCGCUGGACGACUUCCUCAUCAAAGGAUAACCUCGGCAAGUUCGCGCUCUCCUCUGGGACCUUCCACCCUAACAAGGAUUACGCCCAGGGAUUGCAGACCACUGAGGACCACCGCUUCUACUCCAUCUCGGCUCCCUUCUCGACCGUCGCCGACAAUUCAAAGGAAGAUCUCAUUGUCCAGUACACUGUCAAGCAAGAGGUCGCCCAAGAGUGUGGUGGAUCAUACUUGAAGCUGCUUCCCGAAGGUUACGACGCCAAGACCUUCAACGGCGAUUCUGAAUACGCCAUCAUGUUCGGUCCCGACGUCUGCGGUCCCGAGAACCGCAUCCAUGUCAUCUUCAACUACAAGGGCAAGAACUAUCUCACAAAGAAGACCCAUCCCGUUCCCAGGGAUAACAAGACCCACUUCUACCGCCUGACUGUCCACCCCGAUCAAAAGUACUCGCUCGUGGUCGAUGGCGAGACUCAGGCCGAUCAUGUCUCGCUCGAGGAGCACUGGGAGAUCUAUGCCCCUCGCACCAUCCCUGACCCUGACGACAAGAAGCCUGCAGACUGGGUUGAUGAGGACCAGAUCGAAGAUCCCACCCACGUCAAGCCCGAGAACUAUGACAAUAUUCCACGCUACAUUCCAGAUCCUGACGCCACCCAGCCUGAGGACUGGGACUCUGAGGCUGACGGCGACUGGGAGGCACCCGAGAUCACUAAUCCCGACUUUGAGGAGUGGGGCCCCAAGUACAUUCCCAACCCCGAGUAUAAGGGCGAGUGGAAGGCCAAGGACAUCCCCAACCCAGAGUUUAAGGAGGAUCCCGAGCUGGCCCACUACAAGAUCGGCGGUAUUGGUUUUGAUCUCUGGCAAGUCAAGGGCGGCAGCAUCUUUGAUGACGUUGUUGUCACCUCAGAUGCUGAGGUCGCUGACAAGUUCAUGAACCAGUGGAAGGAGAACUUUGCCAAGGAGAAGGAGAUUGUCGCUGCCUUGGAUGAGCGGAAGAAGAAGGAGGAGGAAGAGGCUAAGAAGGCAGCGGAGAAGGCAGCUAAGGAAGCCUCUGAGAAGGACAAGCACGACGAGCUCGAUGAGGACGACGAGCCAGUCGCCAAGAAGGCUGAGCCUGAGGCCGCCAAGGAAAGUGAGCCUGAAGUUGCCGAGGAGGAGACUAAGGAGGCCGAACCGGAAGUCGCCAAGGAGGAGACUAAGGAGGCCGAGCCGGAGGUCGCCAAGGAGGAGACCAGAGAAGAGGUCAAGGAGGAGCCUAAGGCUACCAAGAAGGAGGAGAAAGACUCUACUGAGACCAAGCACGACGAACUGUAA